AUCUCACUUCCUAAGAUGUUUUAUCUCAGAAAUUAUCUUGCUGGAGAAGCACACAAAGCUGUUGAAGGUUUAUUUUAUCGAGACUCAAAAAGUGCAUACAUUGAAGCAUGGAAAGUCUUACAAGACAGAUAUGGAAAUGCGUUUAUUAUACAGAAAGCCUUCCUCGACAAGCUUGCAAGAUGGCCAAAGAUCAACGCAAAUGACUCACUUGCGCUACGUGAGUUUUCUGACUUCCUCCAAUGCUGCAAAGAAGCAAUUCCACAUGUCCAAGGGACUAGCUAUCUUCAGUGACUGUGAAGAGAACCAUAAAAUGCUAAAAAAAAAAAUUGCCUGAAUGGAUUGUUCGCAAGUGGAGUCAAAUAGUUGUAGAGGAACUUGAUGGAUCAGGUGAUUAUCCAGAUUUUAAAUGCUUCACAGAGUUUUUGAGCAAAGACGCAAAAAUAGCCUGUAAUCCCAUCGCCUCACCCCUGUUGGGGGGAAAUUUAAAGUUUCCAGAUGACAGAACCCCAAAAAGAGCCAAAACUUUCAACACAAAUGCACAACAAAAUGGUUCCAGUCAUGGGAAACAAGAUACAAAUAGCUGUAAACCAAAAUCACCUUACUAUGUUUGUAAAAGUGAAGCCCAGGGCAUCACCGGGUGUCCUACUUUCGCAUCAAAAAGUGAUGAAGACAAAAGGACAUUCAUACAUGAAAAACGGCUCUGCUUUGGGUGCCUGAGAAAAGGUCAUGUGACAAAGGAUUGUAAGAGACGACACACAUGUAAUAUAUGCAGACGUCGUCAUCCAACCUGCUUACAUGAAGAGAGGAUGGAAAGACCUGUGGAAACAACAACAAAUAGCUCCACUUUCACAGAAGAACAUGCUAGUCAAGAAACAAACAGAGUCGUGUCCCAUACAUCAACACAGCAUGCUUCUGCCACCACCAGUAUUGUACCAGUACUUGUGUCUUCAUUACAAGAGCCGCACAAAGAAAUACUAACAUAUGCAAUGCUGGACACACAGAGUGACUCAACAUUUGUGUUAGAAGAUGUCAUUGACAGACUGAAUGUGGAUUUCCAUCCAACAAAGUUGAAACUCAGUACUAUGACUGCUGUCGACACAAUUAUUUCCAGCAAGAGUGUUCAUGGUCUACAAGUUCGAGGACUUAACUCAGAGAGUUACAUCCAACUACACCAAGCUUACAGCAGAGACUUCAUCCCAGUAGACAAGUCUUAUGUCCCAACAAAAUAAACUGCAUUGAUGUGGCCUCAUCUCAGAAGCUUGGCAGAUAAGUUACCACCCGUUCAAGACUGUGAUGUAGGGCUUCUCAUUGGAUACGACUGUCCAGCUGCCCUAGCUCCACUAGAAGUCAUAACAGGUGACAAAAACCAACCCUUUGCACAAAGAUCAGAACUAGGAUGGAGUAUAAUAGGCUCAUCAAACCCCCACCUAGACAGACAAGGAAGUCAACGCUUUGUGCAUCGGAUCACAGUAAAGGAGCUAGCAAUCCCAUCGACUAUUGACAUUUUAAAGGUCUUAGAAUCAGAUUUCAUGGAGAGAAGCUAUGAAGAUAAAUAUGUGUCUCAAGAAUAUGUUAAUUUUAUACAGUUUCUCAGCAACAACAUCACACAGAAAGAUGAUGGGCAUUACGAAAUGCCUCUCCCUUUCAAAGGCAGCAGUCUGCCUAAUCUACCAAACAAUAAAAGACUAGCCCAAGUUCGCCUGCAGUGUCUGAAGAGGAAAUUAUAGGCCAACAAACAAUACUACGUGCAAUACAAAACAUUCAUGGAAGAAACCAUAAAUAAGGGUGAUGCAGAGCCUGCCCCUUCAACAUCUGAGGGAGAAACAGAGUGGUAUCUUUCACAUUAUGGCAUCUACCAUCCCAGGAAGCCAGAUAAGCUAAGAGUUGUUUUUGACUGUUCAGCCAAAUUCCAUGGUGUUUCGCUUAAUGACACACUGCUUACUGGGCCUGAUUUAAUCAAUCCUUUGUUAGGAGUGCUAUGUCGCUUCAGGAAAGAGACCAUAGCAAUAAUUUGUGACAUAGAAUGUUUUACCAAUUUACUGUCACUCCUGAAUCCAGAAAUUAUCUUAAAUUCCUCUGGUGGAAAGGAGGAGAUUUGGAGAAAGAACCACAGGAGUAUAGGAUGGCAGUUCAUCUCUUUGGCGCUGCUUCAUCUCCAGGAUGUGCCAAUUUUGGGCUAAAGCAUCUAGGACAGCAGCACAAGACUAACUAUCCUCAAGCAGCCACAUUUAUUGAGAAAAACUUUUAUGUGGAUGAUGGCUUAAUUAGUGUCCCAUCAGUAGAAGAAGCCAAGAAACUGAUCAUUGUGUCACAAGAGUUGUGUAAAAAGGGAGGCUUACGGCUUCACAAAUUCAACUCAAACAUGGAAGCUGCUCUCGCCUGCUUGGGUCCCUCAGAAGUAGCAACGGCCAUCGAGCCCCAUGAUUUGGAUCCAGCCUCAUCGGAGUGUGCACUUGGCAUUCAAUGGUUAAUAAAAAAUGACACCUUCAUUUUUAACAUCGGUUUAAAGGAUCAACCUUCUACCCGUCGCAGCUGCUUGUCAAUCAUUGCUUCACUUUAUGAUCCUCUUGGAUUCAUUGCUCCAUUCACCCUUAGUGGAAAACUUAUUCUUCAAGAGCUUUGUCAAAGAGGGGUAGGGUGGCAUGAUCCUCUACCAGAAGAUAUAAAGCCAUGGUGGGAGAAAUGGAUAAAUGAUCUGCAAAGACUGAAAGAGAUCUCAAUUCCGAGAUGUUAUCAUCCCGCUGACUUCCACAAUGUUGUCCGAGUAGAGCUGCACCAUUUUUCAGAUGCCAGUUGUGUAGGACAUGGUGCAUGUUCUUACCUGAGGUUCAUAAAUGACAAGGGUGAAGUCCACUGCAGUCUUGUGAUAGCGAAGGCAAGAGUUGCUCCUUCAAAGAUCACAAGUAUCCCAAGAUUAGAACUUGCAGCAGCAGUGGUUUCUACAAAAGUCAGUGUUAUGCUAAGAUGUGAACUUGAUAUGAAGAUAGAUCAAGAAUUUUUCUGGACUGACUCACAAGUUGUACUAGGGUACACAAUUCAGGUGCUUGUAACUGAAGUCAAAAGCAGUAAUGACAUCCUCGAACGCCUGAAUCGGUUUUCUUCUUGGACAACGCUUCUCAGGGUGAUUUCAAGAAUCAAGAGACUAGGCUCAAAGCAACAACAUAGUGAACAUGUGACUGUUGAGGAAGUACAAAGAGCAGCUGAAACUGUGAUUAAGAUUGUUCAACAACAAAACUUCCCAAAUGAGGUAAAGAUACUAGAAGGUGAAAAGAACAUUCCAAACACCAGCACCCUUUGUAGUCUUGAUCCUAUCUGGUCUGAAGGGCUUCUCCGUGUCAGUGGGAGAUUGAAGCAGUCAUCUCUCUGUUUUACAGUCAAACACCCAGUAAUACUACCCAACAACAGUCAUAUUACUAAGCUGAUUGUGUCACACUACCAUGCUAAGACAUGCCAUCAGGGUCGAGGCCAGACACAAAUGGAGCUUAGGAUCAAUGGAUUCUGGGUCAUUGGUGGGAGCAAGUUGGUAGCCAAGCUGAUACACGAUUGUGUGUUUUGCAGAAAACUUAGGCGGCCGAUGGAAAAGCAGAGAAUGGCUGACCUUCCUAAAGAACGUGUUGAAUCCUCUGCACCCUUCACAUAUAGUGGCAUGGACUGUUUUGGCCCUUUCAUUGUAAAGAAAGCCCGCAAAGAGUACAAAAGAUAUGGCCAAAUUUUUACAUGUACUACUAGAGCUACUACUCUACUCUACUCUAAUCUAGAGCUGUCCAUAUCGAAAUGCUUGAAGAUUUGUCAUCUGACUCAUUCAUAAAUGCACUGAGAUGCUUUAUUAGCAUUAGAGGAGCUGUACGACAACUGCACUUUGAUCAAGGCACUAAUUUUGUUGGUGCCAGGAACGAAUUCACACAAGCACUGAAACAAUGUGACACUAAGUUACUAGAAGUUUUCUUGGCGGAUAAACAGUGUGAAUUUGUUUUCAAUUCCCCCUCUGCCAGUCAUGCAGGUGGUGUAUGGGAAAGGCAAAUCAGAACCAUCAGAAAUGUAUUGAAUGCUACCUUCGCACAGUGCUCAGGCCGACUUGAUGAUGCAUCCCUCAGGAAUUGUUAUAUGAAGCCAUGGCUAUUAUCAAUAGCCACCCAUUAACAGUGGAUGGAAUCAAUGAUCCUCAAGCAUUGGAGCCCAUAACACCAAACCAUCUCAUUAUGAUGAAAUCUAAGGUUGCUCUCCCUCCCCCUGGAGUGUUUGUCAAAGAGGACCUAUAUGCCACAAAGAGGUGGAGGAGAUUGCAGCAUCUCAUUGAACAAUUCUGGAGUCGCUGGAAAAAGGAAUAUUUGAUGAACAUUUCCAUGAGACAGAAAUGGCACUCAGCUCAACGCAAUCUCAAGAAGGAGGGCAUUGUCAUUAUCAAAGACGAUAACCUUCCAAGAAAUCAGUGGCAACUAGGACGAGUGGUUGACACUGUUCAAGGCAGUGAUGGAUUGGUCCGUCGAGCCAAAGUUCAAGUCGGUGAACAAAAGUCAAAUUCUUCUUCUAAACCUUCAAUUAUUGAGAGGCCAAUUCAGAAUUUAGUUCUUAUGGAAAAUUGAUGAGAAAAGAUGAACAACGUUUGUACAGUUUAUUUAUUUCAUGGUAAUUUUAUGCAACCAUAUUUAGUCUACAUUAUUUAGUAGAGUCAAAAAAUCCUGUUCAAUUCAUUUACUCUUUAUGCAUUACUUUGUUCAUUCAUUGUAACAAGAUUUGGUGGGAGUGUAAAUAACUACUAAAUUUGAAAAUUCUCCUUGUUCAUUGGUCCAACAGUGACUCCUAGUGGUUAAUUUAUGCUUUCAUGUUAAAGAACGGUAGAUUUCUUCCUUGUUUAUUCUGUGGUUACCUAGCAACACCCUGCGAGAUGAGACGUUAGAUUAUAAAGAAACCUGGAGAAAAUCUUUAAAAUAGCGCCCUCGGAAAGCAGAAUGAGGUAUAAAUAUAUGUAAUUGUGAUUUGUAAUAAGAAAUGUUAUAGGUUUAUUUAAGAAACAGUAGAAUGUUGUGGUUUAUAAACGAAACUAUAUAUUAACGAGUUAAAGGACAUAACGUAUUUUUUUGUGUAUAACUGAAUAUUGAUAUGUUGAUUUUAUACAAGAGCUGAGUAUGUCCAACGGUUCUGUAUUCUUUUGUUUUAUGCUACAGUUUUCACGGUGUCAAUGGAAAGAAAGGUUGAGAUUAAAUUGCACUCGUUUGAAACUCCCUGCGUCUGGCUGUUCAAUCCGAGAGGCCGCUACAGUAAAUAUUGUGCUAAUUAUCAGUAUUGAACCAAACAAAGCAAGGCAGAUGCAAGCCUUUAAAAUUGUGACUCUUUUUAUGGAUCAAAUAGACUCAAAUAUUGUAACAGCAGCUGCGCGGAGGGGCCCAAACAAAUUUUUUGUCAGGGGGCCCAAGAUUCCUGGCAUCGC